GUGUCAUUUUAACAUCCAACAACUCCAUUCCCGGUCACUCCCCAUCUCUCCAGCCUAUUCAACUGCGCAAAAAAUAACCAGAAGUUAACAAGAUGGUAUCAAUAGCUCCUCUUCAGGCCAUAUUUCCCACAAAUGCACAGAGACAAUGGACAUUUGCAGACAGCCAUUCACCUCCUGGCUUUCGUGCUCCACAGUCGAUAAGCGGUUUAACAGCCAUAUCGUGGAACAGGAUUGAGAUAAACAAGAGAAGGAGAUCUUCAACUGUGGUUGCGGCUGUUGGAGAUGUGUCCCCUGAUGGCACCAACUACCUGAUUGCCGGUGCUGCUGCGGUGGCCCUCCUUGGGACUGCCUUCCCUAUCCUAUUUUCCCGCAAGGACUUGUGUCCUGAAUGUGAUGGAGCGGGUUUCGUCCGGAAAGCAGGGGCGACCUUGAGGGCAAAUGCGGCACGGAAGGACCAGGCUCAGAUCGUAUGUGCUCGUUGCAAUGGCCUUGGCAAGCUCAACCAAAUUGACAAAUAGAUGACACCUGUACCCUUGUUUUGGCUCUGUAAUUUUAGUCAUACUUUCACUGUUAAGCUAUGAGGUCCCUCCUAAAACUGUUACAUCAAUAUCUCCUAUAGUGAUCUCCACGAAGUUUUAUAUAUUUUCUGUUGUGCAAGUGUAAUUUCCACGGUGUAUUUUGCUGGAUUUUAAGCAUGUUAGUGUAAUUUUCUC